AUGACUCGGCCCUACAUGGCUCGGCCCUACUUGACUCGGCCCUACAUGGCCCUACUUGACAUGACUCGGCCCUCGGCCCUAGCUCGGCCCUACUUGACUCGGCCCUACAUGGCUCGGCCCUACUUGGGCCCUACAUGGCUCGGCCCUCAUGGCCGGCCCUACAUGGCUCGGCCUACGGCUCGGCCCUACAUGGCUCGGCCCUACAUGGCUCGGCCCUACAUGACUCGGCCCUACAUGACUCGGCCCUACAUGGCUCGGCCCUACUUGACUCGGCCCUACAUGGCUCGGCCCUACUUGACUCGGCCCUACAUGGCUCGGCCCUACAUGGCUCGGCCCUACAUGGCUCGGCCCUACAUGGCUCGGCCCUACAUGGCUCGGCCCUACAUGGCUCGGCCCUACAUGGCUCGGCCCUACAUGGCUCGGCCCUACCUGGGUCUCCACACCUCUCUCUGCACAGACCGGCGUCCUGCUCCUUUCCUCCUCUAA